AUGAUCAACUUGGAAAACAUUAAUAUGAUAGUAGACAUUAAAAUAUGGAUGAUUCUAUUUUCAAUGUAACUUUUAGUUCUUAAGUGCAACUUAUAAAUGCAAUGCUUUGGGAUUGAAUAGCUACCAUUCGUUAUGAGUAACUCUGCCUUAAAGGACAGCGAUAUAAAUGUGCUUGCAUAUGACUAAUCCAAAGCUAUUCUUUACUUUGGAGGGAUCAAUGAAGGAAAAAUAAUACUGGGUGCUUAUAACGAUAGAAUUAGUUAUUAAGGACUAGCUUGGAUAAAGAAUAUUUAGUAUCUAAGCGAUUCUAGACCUAUGAAUCUUCCAAUGAAAAGAGUGGAAUCUAUUAAAUUCUUUGAUGACAGAGUGUAUGCAGCCAUAAGAAGUGAUACAAAUGAUGGUAAUUCUGGCUAUUAUUAUCUAGUGAGCAUGAGAUAAAAUGGAGAUUACAUCAAUGGGAUAUGGAUUUAAUCUUUCAUCCCUUAACGACAAUAUAUUGAUAUGAUGGAGAUUAAUUUUGAGGGAAACAUUUUAGUAGCAAUAUACAUUGGAAAAUUCUAAGCUUAAAUUAUUUAAAUUGAUCGAAAUCUGACAAAUUUUAUCAAUAAACUUGAUUUUCCUGGCUAAUCAAGAGUUUCUGUGAUGGCAAGGGUAAAUUUAGAUGUUAAAAAAAUCUUCAUUGGAGGCUUUUAUAAAAUCAUAAGCACUGGAGCAUAAUUCUAAGGGAUAUUUACAUAGUUGUUUUUUAAUGAUCUAACCAAAACUAAUCCAAUAUAUUCUUAUUAACUUUCUACUGAAAAUUAUCAGAACUUGGAUUUUUCGAUGGUUGUGUUUUAAAAUGGAUUUUGCAUUGUAUGUAUAAUUGAUCAGGUAUAGCCAGGAUACGGUUUUUUUGGUAAAGGAAAUAUAUCAAAGAGGAUCUAUAUGAACUAAUUUGAUAGCAACUCUCGGAGAAGAGAAUGUGCAGGAAUUUUAAUUAAAUAAGACAAAUCUACCUAGAUAUUUUACACAUAAUUUACUGAUGGAUUCACCACAGAUGUAUUUCAAAUUACAGUUCCAAUGGCUUUAUUGUAAAGUUAAACUGAUGAAUUCAAUGUAACGUUUUAAGAGAAGAAAUUGAGUAUUUAACCUUCAAGCACUCUCAAGAUUAAUCAUCUAAUAUACGCAUCAUUCGAAGCCUCUGAAUAUUAUUUCAUUUCUGGAUAGGUUUAAUCGAACUCAAAUAAAUUUGGCUUUGUUAGUGAGCCAUCAAGACAUUAAUCGCAAAUUUCCUAGGAUAUUGAAACAACAGUUGAAUAUGAAUUAUUACCUGAUUUUAAGACCUAUAAAGAACUAAUUUCUAAUGUUUAGACUUUUACAGAUUCGACAGAUAAUAGCUAUAAAAUUAAAUUCUAGAAUAUGAAUCUGACUGAAAACAUUCAUUAAUGGCCUGGUUAAAUUGAUUAGAAAUUCUUUACUUACUAAGAUAUCUUAUAAAAAGUAGAUGUUUAAUACUAGAAUAAAUAUUUCUCGAGAAGAAAGAGCUAAAAAUUUCUCUAUUGCUUUUUGUCAGAGUGGGUUUGGUAUUGUGAUUUGUUGAUUAUUAAUUAUUAGCUCACUGAUUGUUCCGAAACAUUAAUUAUUAGGCCAAUAGCAAUAGUUGAAGAUGAAAAUUUAAGUUUAUUAAAUGCACUUCAAUAAACUCCUUAAUUAGGCAAAAAUACCAAGAAAUAUGAAAUAAAAUUCUAAUCAAAUAAAGAAGAAUUAAUUGGAAAUCAUCUUAUUAAAAUUCAACUUUAGCUUAAUGAUGGGCAAUAUAAUUGGACUUUACAUGAAAUUAUUUUUAACUUGGUAAUCGCAGACUAAUUAAAAAUUCCAGAAAUUACUAUAAUUAAAGACCCUUCAAUAGAUAAUAUAAAUUACAUCAUUGGCUCUGGAAUAUAAGAAUAUAGCUUUUAAAAUGUUCAGUUUGAGCCUUCGUUCUUCUUUCGCAUCUAAAAUUAGUUUGAAUUUGGUUCAAGAUAUUCAAAAUUUGAUGGAUUAAAUUUUGAUAUAGUGAAUGAAGGCUAAAUUAGUAUAAAUAAUGAUUAUCAUUGGCAAGCUAAGGAAUAUAAAUGUAUUCUAGUUGUCGAGGUUUAUUUUUUCUACUUAAGAUAGUAUCAUGUAGAAAUCCCAUUCAAGAUUACUUUAACUUCAGAUUCCAAGUAUUCAUAUCUGAACAACACUGCACCUUAUUUUGUGGGAAAAUUAAAUGAUAUAGAACUGUAAUCUGAUACAAAUUUCCCAAUGUAAAAGAUGAUGAGAUGGAUGAUUACUCUAUUAGUUUUGAAUCGAUUUAUAGAGACUCAUUAUUAAAAUUAGAUGGAAAUAGAUUGA